ACCGGAACAAGCUUACUGUGAUCAGACUUUAAGUAGCCUACCUUAACAAAACAAAUAAGUAUCAGUCCCGUUUAAAAUGAACCGAAUUUUCGGUCGGAGCAAACAAACGCCUACUCCUAACCUUUCUGACUGCGUAGGCAAUACAUGAAUGUACUGUGGAUGCUGUGUGCUGUUCCCGUUAUAGGUGGAUACGAGGAUCGAGUCAAUCGAUAAGAAAAUAACGAGAAUCGACGCAGAGCUAAUGAAGUAUAAGGACCAGAUGAAAAAGAUGAGGGAUGGACCCUCAAAAAAUACAGUAAAACAGAAGGCGAUGAGAGUACUGAAACAAAAGAGAAUGUAUGAAGGUCAAAGAGAUCAGCUUUCCCAGCAGUCAUUUAAUAUGGAACAAGCCAACUAUACAAUCCAGUCUUUAAGGGACACCAAAACAACAGUGGAGGCUAUGAAGAUUGGUGCAAAAGAAAUGAAGAAAGCAUAUAAACAAGUGAAGAUGGACCAGAUUGAAGACCUGCAGGAUCAACUGGAGGACAUGAUGGAAGAGGCCAACGAGGUGCAGGAAGCUCUCAGUCGCUACGGCACACCAGAGAUCGAUGAGGAUGAGUUAGAAGCAGAGCUGGAUGCUCUGGGAGAUGAGUUACUGCUGGAUGAUGACAGCUCUUACUUAGAUGAAGCCUCGUCUGCACCCUCCAUUCCUGAAGGAAUGCCCAGCGACACUAAAACCAACAAGGAUGGCGUUCUGGUCGAUGAGUUUGGUCUACCACAGAUCCCUGCCACAUAAGAAUCUGUUCUCUGAUCAGUGUUUUGUUCACUGGUGGAGGACGUUUUUCUUGUGCUGAUGGUAUUUAACAUGUUGUGUUGUAUUCAUUGCAGGUAGCACGUGGUAUUGUACAUGAAGCGUGAUUUGGUCAUCUAAACAUGUUCGCCUGAUUUCCAUAACCCCCUAGAUUCCGCCGGGAUUACAGUUUUUAGAUAUCCAAUUAAAAACUCCUGGCAUAUCUGUUAGUAAUCAGAAUUUUGGAUCACCUACUGUACUUUCCCUUUUAUCUGAACGUACCUUUUUAUCAAUGCACGUCCAAGCAAAAACAAUUUUGGAUGAUAACCUUGGAGAUAUAAACGGUUUGGGAAAGUCUAGUUAUUGAACUUAUUUAAAUUUAUUUAUUUAUUUAUUUUAACAAAAAAUGACAAAUAUUAAAAAAUCUCACUCUUGAGUGUUGUUACAUAUUGCAUAUAAUCUCAUAUUAUUAUAAUUAUAUUUUAUAUUUGCCAGUUAAUAUUUAUGUCUAUGCUCUUGUUAAGACGAAGUGUGAUUUGUUUCACUCCAAACUGCUGGUUGAAAUGCUGACAGAAUUAUUGUUGACACUGAUCAAGUAUUUCAAAUCUAUCGUUCUGGUUAGCAUUAGCAUGAAUGAAGAACUUGCGUGGAGCGGCCAUGAACUAGUCUGAAAAAUGGUUUUCUUGAUAACAAACAUUAUUAAUGGACAUACAUCACAAUUUUGAAAUGCAUCACUGGUGUCUGUAAGAGAUGCAAUAAAUGGUGAUAUUUGAAAAAA